AUGGAGGAAACUAUCAGCCAUGCCAGAUCAAUCAUCACCUUCGCCAUCCAUCAGCCAUUGAACUUUGUUUACCUUGUCAUCCAGCAAGUUCUGAACUGGAUAUUUGCACCGGCACCUCCUCCGCCAACACAGAGACUACACCGACCCAGAGUCGCCAUUAUUGGAGCCGGUCUGACUGGAGUAUCCUCUGCAGCUCAUUGUGUUGGUCAUGGAUUUGACGUGAAAAUUUUCGAGGCUAGGUCUAGAGAGAAGGGACUGGGCGGUAUUUGGAGCAGAGUGAAUUCGACCUCUGCGUUGCAAAUCCAUUCAAUCAUGUUCCGUUUCCACCCAUCUGUGAAAUGGGACACAGCAUAUCCUACGCAAGAAAACAUCAAACAGCAAAUUGCCUCCGUAUGGAAGAGAUACGGACUCGACAAAAAGACAGUCUUUGAUACUCCCAUCACAUCCGUGAAAAAGAACUCGUCCGGACAAUGGAUCAUCAAUGACAACGAAGCAGAACACGGCACUUUCGACGGUAUCAUUGCAGCAGUGGGCUCAUGUGGAGAUCCUCAGAUGCCUCGUCUUCCCGACCAUGAGCAAUUCAGCGGCCCGACCUUCCAUUCUUCAGAGCCGGAUGGUAAAAAUGUCAAGGGCAAGAAAGUACUCAUCAUUGGCGGUGGAGCAAGUGCAGUUGAAGCCUUGGAGUUCGCUGUUCGAAACAAUGCUGCCGAGAUUGAUGUUCUGUCGCGAUCUGAUAAGUGGAUUAUUCCUCGAAAUGUUUUUGUCGACAUAUUGCUAUCGCUGAAUAUUUUCGGCGGAGAAACAUCGUUUUCAUGGCUUCCUGAAUGGCUGUUGCGCAAAUUCUUUUACCGAGACUUGCAGGACAUUUCACCCUCCGAAAAGGGGCUAUACACAGAUACACCUAUGGUAAACUCAGAACUUUUCAAUCAGAUCCGCGCUGGAAAAGCUCGCUGGUUGCGAGGUGAUAUCCUUGCCUGCAAAAAUGAAGGGAUCCUGUUCAAUCAUCGUGCCAAGGGUGUUCCGAAGGGUGGCCCAGGCCAUGAAUCAGUAGUCAAUGGAGAUGUCAUCAUCAUGGCCACUGGAUACAAACGACCGUAUCUCGCUUUCCUUCCGAAAUAUGUCUUUGAGAAGAACUACGAGCCUCCCAAUUGGUAUUUGCAGGUAUUCCCACCUCAGGAUCCAACCAUCUGUGCAACUAACAGUACAUAUGUGAAUGCUAUCGGCACCGUGGGCAACUACCAUAUCGGUAUAUAUACUCGAUUCUUGUUGAUGUUCCUUGUUGAUCCCUUAACACGUCCUCGUGAGGGACUGAUGAAACUCUGGAUCGACUUUACCCGGGUUGUGAAGAGAUAUGCGCCUACAGGAGCCUUCGACUUUUUUACCUAUGCAGAACUGAUUUAUUGGUACUGCUUUGUGAGUAUCGGGAACCCGUUUCGCUGGAAGUGGGCGCCGUUUAUCUUCUUUGGCUUAUUCCGAGGAUUGCCACUAGCUAUUGUUGAGAGAGAGGAUCGGAUUAGGGGACAGAAUGGAAAGGCGAAAUGA